AUGUCGAAGCGCGGCACGACGCAGCAGUUGAGCAGAGAUGGCAGCUUUUUCGGAGAUGGGUCGAAUGAGCUAUCGGAGAACGACAAGCCUAGGCAGGCUGCAGCUGCGCAGCUGGUAAAGCGAAAGCUGAAGCCGCUUAAGGGCCGUCCGCGUGUCGCACCCUAUGACUUAGCCCGGGAUGCGCAGAAAUGGGUGGCCAAGAUCAGACGCGAGAACGGUGGCGUCUCCCGAGAGGUCGAAGCUGGGAUGAAGAGAGACUAUCCGGAAGCUUGGGAGGUGCUGCAAACUGUCCGACGGAAGCUCGGAUCUGCUGCUAAAACGCUCGCAACAGAUCUCUACUCAAAGGACACCCAGUAUCUAUACGAACUGAUUCAGAAUGCCGACGAUAAUCAGUACACGCGCGCUGAGGCGAACGCUGAGGAGCCGUACAUCUGCUUUAGCCUCUAUCCAGACCAACUUGUGAUCGACUGCAACGAGGACGGUUUCACGGCCGAAAAUGUCAAAGCUAUAUGCGGCAUCGGACAAAGCACCAAGACAGCCCCGCAGGGAUGCGUUGGCGAAAAGGGCAUCGGCUUCAAGUCUGUGUUCAAAAUCGCACAGCGGGUGCAUAUCCAAUCAGGCUUUUAUUCGUUUUCCUUUGAGCAUACCCGCGACUCUGACGACGAAGGGCUUGGCAUGGUCACUCCAAUGACCGAGCCAUUCAAGGAUUUGCCCAAGGAUGUCCUCACGAGGAUUACGUUGACAUUGCUGAGCAGUGUAGACCUCCGCAAACUGGUUGAUGAACUGAGCAACGUCCCGGACACUUUGCUUCUUUUUGUGAAGAAACUUCGCUCAAUCCUGGUCAACAUUUACCCCGAAACUGGAGACUCCACGCAACUCGUAUAUUCGUGUCCUCAAGACCCCAUUAGGGGAUUUAAAACAGUUGAGAAACAGUCCAGAUCCAACGAUGGAGAGUGGGUUGUUGAAAAGAGACAUUUUCGCGUCACCAGGCGUACCAUCAAGGACCUUCCCCACGAUACCUCAAGAAAGCAGACUGAGGCAGAUGUUCUAUUAGCGUUCCCUGUGAACGAAACAGGCGAUGAGGCAAUCUUGCAGGGACAGCAUGUCUUUACAUACCGGCCUAUUCGAUCAGUUGGCUUCAAUUUCCUGAUCCAAUCGGACUUCACUACCCAGGCUGGUAGAGAAGUUGUCGUACACUCUCCUAGGAAUAAGGCCCUUCUUUCUGGCGUUGCUAAGACCUUCCGAGACGCGGUCCUGGAAUUCUGCGCGCACAAGAAAUUGCAGUAUCAGUGGAUGAGCUCCUCGACGGUCUCGGAACUCGGAACCUCAACAUCACCGACUUCCUUGACAGACUUCAGGCCGAUCUCGAGAGACCUGACUCAAAGAUGA